AUGUUGGGGUUACCGGAGGAGGCAGCGAGCACCCUGGAGUCUCUUCUCUGCCUCCAGCUUAGGCUUUCCUACCUCUCCACGCAGACUCCGAAGGCGCUGAGGGAGUACACUCACUCGAGGGAUGCUGGGGGAAUCACCCGUCGUGCAGAGGCGGCUCUCCUGGCCCGAAUCUCGUCGGAGUACUCUUUCCCGCGGGCACUAAACUCAGCCGCUGCCAGCGCCCCCGGAGCCGCUGACGCUGCAGCUGACGCUGCCAGCAGUGCGAUUUUGCCCCUCCUGGCGGAGCACCUGGAGCUGGAUCUCGCCAAGAAGGACCCGGAAGCUUGGAAGGCGGUGCGGGCGGUCUUCGAGCGGGCGCACCCGUGGGCGGUCCGGACGGAAUGUCUCUUGGUGGAAGGGUGCGACGACCGCAUCACCGUGCCCUACGAGGCCGGCAGGAUCACCAACAAGUACCACUGCUCGCCGGUGCCUACCCCGGAGGUGGUCAGCCGCUCCUCCUGCACGAGUAGCUCGUCCAGCCGGAGAGCAUUCGGCAGCGCCGACGACGCGCGGCACGAUUUACUCUUGACGUGGGCGCUCAAGAAAGGGGUCGGGCGGGACCAGACGCGAGACGACUCCACGCGAGAGCUCUACGAUGACGGGGGUUUCACGAACCGAAUGAGUGACGUCCGAAGGCGCUUGCUAGACGUGCUGGGCAUGGACCGAAAAACGGUGGAGGUGUUUCUCACUCCGUCUGGAUCGGACGCGGAGUUCUUGCCGACAGCUCUUGCGUGUGUCAGGGCGAGACGCCUGGGCCACAAGGCGGCCGACGGGCCGGCGGUGACGUCGAUCGUUGUGGCCGCCGGCGAGGUGGGGAGCGGAACAGCCGGGGCGGCCGGAGGCAAACACUUCAGCAAGCUCACCCCCAGGGGUACCCCCGGCCGUCCCGAGAACCACGUGGAGGGUAUGCCAGCGGGCGACGUAGUCGUGGUCCAGAUGAAGACCCGCUCCAAGAGCGGCGCCUUCCUUCCCUGCGAAGACCUUGUGCGCAGCGCCGUGCACAAGGCCUUGUCGUCUUGCCCGACGAGCGUCGUGGUGGUGCACUUCGUGGCUGGGUCGAAGACCGGCAUCUGCUCCCCCUCCGAGAACGUGCUGGCUGAGAUGCGACAACGGUACGGGGAGCGCCUGCUGGUUGUGGUGGACGCUUGCCAGCUGCGGUUGGAGGACCAGAACGUCCGCAAGUACGUGUCCCUCGGGUUCCUCACGCUGGUCACGGGCUCCAAGUUCUACUGCGGACCCCCAUUCUGCGGCGCGGUGCUGUUCCCCCCCGAGGCCCUCGCCGAGCUCCAGGCCGGGCACGAGCACCUCCCCGCCGGGUUCGACGACUACUUCACGCGGCACGAGGUGGACUCCCGGUACUCGACUCUGCGCUCGCGCCUCCCGAGCUGGGAGAACCGAGGGCUUCUUCUGCGAUGGACUAGCGCCCUGACCAACAUGGAGGCCGUGAAGAGCAUCCCCAAGAACCGGCUGAACGCCUUUGUCAGCAGCUGGGUGCAGGAGGUCCACGACAACGUGCAGGACAAGUGGCCCUACCUCAGCCUGCUGCCGGAGCAGCGGACCGGCGAGCCGAGCAUCGCGGUGGGCGGGGUGAACACGGUGGUACCGAUAGUGGUGCGGGUCCCGCGAACGUCGUCCGAAGGGUCCGACGGGAACCCCGAGGUGGCCCUUGGGUACGAGGACCUCCGACUCUUCCACCGGCUGCUCUCCGAGGACAUAGGCCGGUAUCUGCCUCAAGACUUGGCCGUGGGCGACCGUGCCGCGGCCCGCCUUCGCGUGCUGUUCGGCCAACCGGUCAAGCUGGGCGGGGCGAGCUUCGGCGUGAUCCGCAUCGCCCUCGGCGCCGACAUGCUGAUGGACGCUUUCUGCCGCGGAGACCCCCCGCUCUCGGAAGAGAACGUCCCCGCAGCUGGAGAGGGCGGAGGCGUAGCGCGCCUUCUCACCCAGAUCGUUUUCUGGAGAGCGGGUGGGCGAACCAAGCACGAAAAACGCUUGGGUCCCCGGCGUGAUGCCCCCUGUCUGCACCCAACCAUGACCCGCGGAUUCGUGGUCGUUUGGAUGCGUAGUCGUUUGGAUGCGUAG